UAUGAAGAAAACCAUGAGGGUAGAAUUUGCGCUUUUAUUUUGUAAACAGGAAGUGAACCUCCCCUCGCUAACGUCAUAGCUCACUUGAAUCCGUCGUAACUCUGUUUUAAAUGACGCUAUAGCUCCGGUAACGUCGUGUUUUAAAGCUUUUUCGUGUGAGAAAGUAGCAGUUUAGGUCCCCGUUGUUCCGCCAGUUUAUCCAAAUAACGCUUGUUUGCACUUUUGCUCCGCCGUGCUGGGAGAAGUGCAGACCAGCCCCACCUGUGGUGGUAAAUGGUUGAAUAAUGACAUUUAAGUUACUGUUUGCCUUAUUGUUUGUCAUUUCCACAUAUAGAAUUUAGCCUUUGCUCAGUCACCCUUGCAGCUUAUCCAGGUGUCAGAUUCUGUCACUUUUUUGACGGCUGAAAGGCUGAAAAACUGAUCUAGAGUGAUCCAACUUUACCUAUCCAUGACUUGUGAUGUUUUUUUGUGCCUUCCAGGAGCAACUAAAAGAGCCUUAACAUCAUGGAGGAAUUGGAUGAUGUUACUGUUUCAGUUCUAAAUGCUGCCAGCAUAGAUGAGGCCUUACUCCACACCCUCAGUCGGGAUGAUUUAAGAGACCUUUUUCCUGGGCCAGAGAACUUUCUCAGGAGGAAACAACUGUGGGCUCUUAUUAGCCAUGAGGAUGAGAAUGCCACUUUACCAGACAAAGCUGGCCCAGGUGAAACAGGAACUGUGUCAUCACUUCAAGGAUCACCUCCAGUAUCCCCCCACACAUCCACUCCUGUGUUGAAGAAAACCUUACAGCUUCCUAGUCCACCAGAAUAUGUUAUAUACACAGACACUGAGUUGGAACUGGCUCGUAAGCACCAUUUUGAGAUAGGUAGAGAGGGGGAAUCUGUAAUGUCUAAAGAGUUGAGAUGCAGGCUGGUGAGGAACACUGUUACCAGCAUGAUCUCAAUCUUAAGAGCAAGUCAACAAGGAGAGGAGCUCCGGUACCCCUCUAAGCAUGAGGUCACCGCAAUGGCUAAGAGACUAGUGGAGUAUUAUCCCAUGCUACAGGAUAAAGAUGAACCCAUCAAACAUAUGAGCAUGUACAGUUAUCUUCAGAAGAGAAUUCUGAAUGUGAAGUCCCCACAGAAGAGGAAGGGGCCCAGACCAGAGAGAAGCAGUUCAACCAAAAGACGUCACAUUGACUUCUCUCCAAGUGACCAGGGAGAAGAUUAUGAUGCAGACUCAAGUGGUGGAUCAACAAUUCUUUUGCCACCUAGGGGCAGUUCUGAAGACGACAGUUCAGCGGACAAAGAUAGUCCGGCAGCACAGGCCAGGCAUUACAAGACUCUGCAGGAGAUGUACAAAAAACCAAAACCCAACCAAGAUGCUGUCUGCCAGAUCCUUGACCUUGAGUUUCAAUCAAGAAGAGCCUUCAUUGACAGUGGCAUUCUGAAAGAAGAGGACAGACCAGCAAAGAUUUUCGAGGCAUAUCCAUGUUUCAAAGAGCUUCAUCAUGUGAUGGAUGAGCUGCGGCGGAUUCUGGCUAAGGACAACAGCAAGUUCAUCAAUGAAGUAAAGAAGAGAUGGGCCGACUUCUGCUCCAUGGUGCAGUUUUAUGGUGUUUGGAGGAAAGUGUUGAAGCCACCCAUGAGCCUGGGUGCAGUGGAAUCCAACAUUGCCUUGUUCAGGGCACUACCCACACUCUUCCCCUCACCGUCUGCGCCACCUAAGAAGAUGGGACAGGCCAGUGAGGCAUUGCUUCAUGUCCUUCAGCCAACAGAAGAGCCAGCCAUCUACCUCCAGAAGAGAACCCUCUUCAGCCCUGUUUUGGUCUUUGAUGGGUCCCGCUGUCUUCUGGCAAUUGGAAACACUCCUGUCACUACAUUUGCCAAAGAAGAACUUGGUGAAGGGUUGCUGUAUCUGAUGGGUUAUUACUAUACCCUGCAUCUCACCUAUCCUAAGUGUGUGGCGACCAUUCUCUCUGUCAUUCAGACAGAGGUCUUACAGGACAGUAUCCACGACCGAGACACCACAGGCUCGUACAAAAGAGUCAUGGCAGAGUGGAAUGCUUUCAUUAAGAAAUAG